GCUGCUGCAGUGACGACAGACACGGAGCUCGUGGAGGAACGUCUUGACUUUGGGAGGUUUGGAAAUGUGCACGCAGACCCGGGCCGCGGCUCUCAUGGCCAACAUCCCCCAGGCUGACAUCGACCCGGCCGGAGUCUUCAAGUACGUCCUGAUCCGGGUCCACAGCCGAGAGGAAGGCGACGACUCGGAGGUGGACAUAGUCCGAGGAUACGCCUGGGCGGAGUACCACGCGGACAUUUAUGAUAAAGUCUCUGAGGAGCUGGAAAAAGACGGCUACCUGGACUGUGAGUGUGUCGGAGGAGGGAGAAUCAAGCAUGAUCCUCAGGGCAAGAAGAUCCACGUCUACGGAUACUCCAUGGGAUUUGGACGAGCAAACCAUGCAGUGUCCACGGAGAAACUAAAGGCUCAGUACCCAGACUACGAGGUGACUUGGGAUAAUGAAGGAUACUGAAAUGAACGGAGACAAACCCCUUUUUUCCCCCUCUGGAUCCCUUUUUGCCAGAACUGACACUGGACUUUUGUUUAACCAGUUGGCCAGUUGUUAAUAGGAAGAACUUGUCUGACUCCUCAUCAUCCCAACAACUAAAACUCAGCCUUUUUAUAUCUAAACAUGCUGAUUAAAAAUACGAGCAACCAAGCCUGUUUUACAAAGUUUGAUUGUCUUCCACCUGCAAGGUGAUGUUCAUUUAUCUUCUGUGCUGCUUAAUCCUUUGCAACAUCACAGGAAAUUGGAGCCAAUCACAGUUUAAAGUAGUUGUCCAGUCCAUCACGGGGAAAAUACACACUCAUUUUCUCACCCAGGGUCACCAAUUAACCUCACAAGCAUGUUUUUGGACUGUUGGUAGAAACUGACACACACAGGGAAACCAUGCAAACUCCACAAAGAAACGGCCCACCCAGGAUUCAAACCUGGACCUCUCGCUGUGUGGCAAGUGUGCUACCCACUGCUCCAUCGUGCAGCUUAAGAUGACGUGCAAUUUUCAGUUAAAGUGAAGCACUGUCUUGAAAUUGUCUGCUGUAGCAGAAGGUGUUGAAAAAGAUAAAACUGCAAAAAGGGCAAAAAAACAGUGUUUACGUGGCUGUAUUUCCUCAGCAUUCCUUCUGCUUUGUCAUUUCUGAGAGGCUUGACUCAAAUGGAGUUUCAAACUGAUAAUUUUCUUAAAAUAAACUUUUAGAAUUGGAUGUUAAUAUAUACAUUUAAUAAAAACACAUGACCAUUAUAGAGUGAGUGUGCAAAGAAACUGCGUGACUUCAUUUAAGGACUCAUCUCGACUUUCACAGAAAAGAGUGUCCUGAAAAAAAGGUUUCCUCCACUUGUUCUCAUGGAGUCCAGCAUCCGGGAAACCGACACCCAUACAGAGACUCAAAUGGAGUCUCAAUCUGAUAUUAAUCUUCUUAAAACACACUUUUAGAAUUGAAUGUUAUUCUAUACAUCUAAUGUCUGAACUAACAAAGGUAUGCUGGGGUACCAGCGCUCACACGCUCAGACAUCACCUUCAGUGCCAUCACCACACCAUUGAUGGUAUAAAAAAAGAGGCAACCUGUUAUUAUCAAUGAUUAUGAUUUCCUGAUUAACAGUAUCUCCAUCCUGAGGAAAUUUUGUAUCCACAAAUGCAAGUACAUGAAGGUAAAUCCUGGAUUUUAUCGGUUUCAUAUGGCACUUGUGUCCUUAAAUGAAGCCCUUAAAAAUGAGUGAACAGGCAAUGAAACUGUUCCGUUGCAUUGAGACUUACAACCUGCAAAGAAAGCCAGUUUAUUUUCAUCUUUCUUUUCUUUUGCCUUUUGUUUUGUGCCGAUUGUAGUUCAUAUAAUUUUCAAGAACUACCUUUUCUAAUGGAUAUAGUUUACUACUACUGUAAACACCUGUUCAUUACAAGAAGGCCUUUGAAAAAUGUGAUUUAUAUUAAUGUUUUACUAAAUGUAUGCAUUUAUUUCAAUUUAUUUGAAAGAUAAUUUUCAGGUAUGUCAUCAGAAGGUGCAGGAUCCAAGACACUUUUUCUUUAAGGUCGGGGAGGGUUUUUUUUUUUAAUUUUUG